CUGGUGUGUAGCAAUUUAUUGUAAAUUUAAUUGUAGGACUUAAAAGAAUUUACUAACUAAUUAACAAUAAUACGAAUGGUGGUUGCAUACAGCUGUCUGUUAAUUCAAAUUGUUACAUAAUUGUUGAACAACUCGAAAUUUUGAAAAGUGAAAUGCCCAGAUCAGGAAACAUGAGGACCUUUCAGGAAGCAGAUGUACUUAUGGCAAUGUCCGAAUUCGCUGGUUUCCUUACAAAAUCAAGACUUGGAACAAAUAGUUUAAGAAAGAGAGUGCACGAUUACAAAGCUAGUAAUUCAAAGCCAGCAGAAAAAACGUUCACUGCAUCUGGUAGUAUUUCUAACAUGGAUUUUAUUGAGCAAUUCGACUUAUGGUUAACGGAGCUACUGAAAUACAUAAAAGAAGUAAAACUUCUUACUCGAAUUACAGCGUUCGGCGUAUUCGCAGAUUACCACGAUUAUAUAUACAUUUUGCGAUCGCCAAUUAGACGGGAUGAUCGUGAGAUUAGGUUGCCGAUAUACAACAUUACAUUACCAGAAAACAAAUUCAAUGAUUUCACGCACGCCAUACCUAUAAAACGAACUGCUGAUUUCGUUAAAACAAAUAAGUGUAAACGGGCCGAGAUAGCUAAAGUGUGUGGAUCGUACUAAUUGAAAAUUCGAGAAAUAAGAAGCAAGUUACAACAUCGGUUUUCAUGUUUUAAUUAAUUUUGUUAAAGCGAUGAGCGAAAUACCAGUUCAAAAUUCAAAUUUAAUUGAUACAUGCGCAAGUAGAAGAUGUCGAAAUACAUACACAUUUAAUUGAAAUUGAAUACUUCAUUUUAGAUGCAUACAAACGUAAAAAUAUAUAAAUAUCGAAAAUAA